UUUCAAGCGGAAAUAUUUUCCUGAACAACGGUAGUCGCAUGGAGGUCGCCAUGUGAUUCGUCCUAAGCGUUUGUCCAAUGAGAACACAGAAAUGUGGUGCAACAAGGACUUGCUGUGUAUCCGUCAUUCAAUUGAUACCUGUCUUGUUUAUAAUCCUUAGUGGAAAAAAGAAACAAUAUUGCUUCUGAUUACUGAGUGAGGAUUUGUACACAGCCAAAAAAAAAUGACUCUUUCAGAUUUUCUGGGAGCUUUGAAGGACAACCCAUACUUUGGGGCUGGUUUUGGACUAGUUGGUGUGGGAACAGCACUUGCAGUUGCAAGAAAGGGGGCACAAAUUGGCAUGGUAUUCUUCAGGCGGCAUUACAUGAUCACUCUCGAGGUUCCCAGUAGAGACAAGAGUUACCACUGGUUGUUGAGCUGGAUUACCAAACAUGCCAAGCAUACGCAGCAUCUCAGCGUGGAGACUUCAUACAUGCAGCAUGAGAGUGGACGGGUCCACACACAGUUUGAUUUCCACCCAAGUCCUGGAAAUCACAUCAUUUGGUAUGGCAGAAAAUGGAUAAGAGUGGAGAGAACCAGAGAGAAGCAGAUGGUGGAUUUGCACACAGGAACACCUUGGGAGUCUGUUACCUUUACAGCCUUUGGCAGGGAUCGGCAAACCUUCUUCAAUAUUCUGCAGGAAGCAAGAGAGUUGGCUCUGAAGCAGGAAGAAGGCCGCACUGUGAUGUACACUGCUAUGGGUGCAGAAUGGAGGCCCUUUGGCUUCCCACGUCGUCGGCGCCCUUUGUCCUCUGUUGUCCUGGAGAAUGGAGUAGCUGAGAGGAUUGUGGAUGAUGUAAAAGAAUUUAUUAGUAAUCCAAAGUGGUAUACUGAUAGAGGAAUCCCAUACAGAAGGGGAUAUUUAUUGUAUGGCCCUCCUGGCUGUGGAAAGAGCAGCUUCAUCACGGCCCUUGCUGGUGAAUUGGGUUACAGCAUCUGUUUGAUGAGUCUGAGUGACCGCAGUCUUUCUGAUGACCGGCUGAAUCACUUGCUGAGUGUGGCUCCACAGCAGAGCAUCAUUCUGUUGGAGGAUGUGGACGCUGCUUUUGUCAGCCGAGAGCUGCUCCCAACUGAGAACCCAAUGGCCUACCAGGGCAUGGGGAGACUCACAUUUAGCGGACUUCUUAAUGCGCUGGAUGGAGUUGCUUCUUCAGAAGCUAGAAUUGUCUUCAUGACUACUAAUUUUAUUGAGAGACUUGAUUCAGCUCUAAUAAGACCUGGGCGUGUGGAUCUAAAGCAGUAUGUUGGACAUUGUACACAUUAUCAGCUCACUCAGAUGUUCUGGAGGUUCUACCCAAAUGAGUCUACAGCCGAGGGGGAAAGAUUUGCAGCACGUGCUCUGGCAGCACACACAGAACUCAGCCCGGCUCAAGUGCAGGGACAUUUCAUGCUUCAUAAAAAGGACCCUAACGGUGCUAUAGACAAUGUUACAAAGAUUUUCGAAUGAGGGUCCUGGAAGGGUAAUGGCAACAAUGACAUGAAGUACAAAUAAAUUCAUGUGUAAAACCUACAAAGCAGACUUAAAUAAAUGGCAAUCAGGAUGUGAAUUCUGAUGCUGUGUCCAUUUUGAUAACAUGCUUGAUAUUUAAAAUAAAUACAUAUAUAAAUUCUAAUAACUCUUGUAUUUGACAGUAUUUAAAACUGUUACACAGAAACAAGACAGUCAUAUGGCAGUGUACGGCACACAUGCAGCAGACAGUUUUAUCCUGGUUAAAACCAGAUCUGGGAUUUGAUUCAUAUGAGAACAAAUAUGCUGAAAGUCCAGACUACUAGGCAAUAAUUUGUUUCAGAGAAAUCAGAAAGCUAUAUAUCCUUACUUUUAAGCUGAGUUUCAGUGCAUUUAGAGGUGCUGAUACAUAGAUUUUCUUCUAUUAUUAUCAUUGAUUAGCAAAUUACGUUUAGUGUGUUUUAAUUUCUGUUCAAAAAUGCUA